AGUGAUCCUUUAUUGACACAAAUAAUAAUGUAAAUUACAUUCAUGUAAGUUUGACCGUUUACUUACUUUAUAAAACGCGUAAAAUAUAGCAAAUCUUCGACUUACAGGUGCUUGAAACCUAACGCCUCAACUCUGCUGAAGUGCUGAUAUCUCAUUGCAAAGAAUAAUAAUAAUAGUAGUGGCGACACUGAUUUUAAAAAAAUAGGAACAAAUUCUUAAUUAACAUUUAUUUGUAUUUCUUACACGAAAUGGUUUUUGACCUGUCACCAAAUUUUAUAGGUACUUAUUAUUUACCUUCUUCUGCCCACAGCUUCGACCGGCUUAUUUCACUAUUCCCCGUUGACAAUCCCCGUUAACGCCAAUUGGAGCUUAUAAUGGGGAAUGAUGAACUAAAAAGUUCAUUAAUCCCCGUUAUAUUAGGAUUUUAUUUUGAACGUAACGGGGAUUAAUGAACUUUUUAGUUCAUUAUUUCCCAUUAUAAGCUCCAAUUGGCGUUAACGUUAAAGUUCACUAAUCCCCGUUGACGGGGAUUAUCAACGGGGAAUAGUGGAAUAAGCCCUUCAACCGCAUGGAUUUCAAUCUGUCAGUAAAAAGUAACUAUUCAAUAUAUUCAAAUCUUUUUAUCUAAAGUCUCUAACUUUUUAAAGAUAGAGAUAAAAAUAUAGAAAAUUAGUAUGAGCAGCGCACGCGGAUUUCCGCAGUGUGAAUUUCCAUGCAUUAUUAAAUUACUACAUAUUUGUAUUGUAUUACAAUCAAUGUAUAUUAAUUUAUGUAAGUGUAGUCUGAUGGUUUGUUUAAUAUUGCCAUGCCUAACACACAAAGAAUGAUUGAUGAUGACAAACAUUUGUCAGAAGUAGACAAAGAUAGUUUGUAAAGAACCGACGACGUCGAAACAAGCGGAGGCACGUCAUCAAUGGCGGCUUCUCUCACCAGUAAGUGAGCAAGGAGGGAGUUCCAAGUUUAUGGAGGAGAGCGAGCGCGGGCUGCCGGCGUGCGGCGCACGGCAGGCAUGUGGGACGCUGCUGCAGCGCUACUGGCGACCACGCGCUCUGCUGCGCCUGUGUCGCUGCCGCAAUCGCGCGCGCUGCCUCGCGCCCGCGCCGCCCGAGCGAACGAUGUCGCUCAACAACCACGCGGAGUUACAGUUUUGCUCGUCGACCACCGAUUGGCCUCAAUGUGGAUUCGGGGAAACAUCUCUUGUCGUUGAAUCCGAUUACGAUCGCAUGAAUCCAGACGAGUUAGAAGAGAUGCACCAUAGAAAUAUACAGCUCACUCCACCCAAUAUCACAGUCAACUGCCAAUGCCUACAGCCCUAUUACUGGAAGUUGAAAGCGAAAUCGGAGGGGACUCGAAGUUACCAGUGCGGUUUUCUACCAGUUUGCCGAACUGGGGAGUUUUGCGGCAAUGUAACCAGCGACUUGUACGCGUUAUACCAGUCGUGUCUGUGUCCACGUCAUCACAUCUGUGUGCACAACGGUGGCGUCGUUUACCAUGAUAUAUCUGAGAUCCUGUACGAAGGACAAGGAUGGAAAGCUUACUGUCAAAAAGUAAAUGAUACUGACAGUUAUGAAGAUUAUUAGAAAUAGCUACAUUACUCACUUGUACC